AUGGGCUUCACAGCCGGCUUCAUCGGCGGCCUCACCCUCACCUCCUCGGCGCUCUACCUCUCGGCGCUCGUCCACCAGCGCAACCGCCUGCAGCAGUCGCUCUCGCUGCGGCAGUCGGCGCACCUGCUCAAGCAGGUGUACGACCCGGACCGCCUGUACACGCCGCCGUCGAUGCGCGAGCGCACGGCCGGCGUCGAGGACCUCGCCAAGGACCGCUGGAACCGCGAGGUCGAGCGCGCGGUGAGGCGCGUGCAGGAGACGGAUUGGAGGGAGGUGGGGAGGGGGGUCGAGGAGGCGGUGGCGGGCGCGUGGGAGAGGGUGAGGAGGGGUGGUGGUGGCGGUGGGGAGAAAUAA